UGCCCCCGUAUGUAUUCUUCUAAAAGAAGGAAGUGCGGGAUUUUUUUCUCGUCAUUCAUGCUUUUUCAGCAUUUUAGUUAAUGAAUGUCAGAAAAUCCUUGCAAUGUCUGCUGGGGUGAUCAGAAGGUUAGAUGAAGUUGUGGUCAAUCGUAUAGCUGCAGGGGAAGUAAUUCAAAGGCCAGCAAAUGCUCUCAAAGAAAUGAUAGAAAACAGCCUUGAUGCUAAAUCUACAAAUAUAACAGUGACUGUUAAACAAGGUGGUCUCAAACUGUUACAGAUACAGGACAAUGGUUCAGGAAUCAAGAAAGAUGACAUGAAUAUAGUAUGUGAGAGAUUCACUACCAGCAAAUUAUCAAAAUUUGAAGACUUGAAUUCCAUAGCAACAUAUGGUUUCCGUGGUGAGGCAUUGGCAAGUAUCAGCCAUGUUGCUCAUGUUACCAUAGUAACAAGAACUGCAGAUUCUAAAUGUGCUUACAGAGGUAGCUAUAUUGAUGGUAAGCUGAAGGAAGCAGUUAAACCAUGUGCUGGUAAUGUAGGAACUCAAAUUACU